AUGACACUCAACGGAGAUGGCUGUGGAGGUGUAAUACGAGACAGUAGUGGACGACUGAUAGAAGGUUUCAUGCAUGGCCAUGUGGAAGGAGGCAGCUUGACGGCGGAGCUAUGGGCGAUUCUAGUUGGUCUUAAAGCUGUAUGGGAUUCAGGAAAGAGGAGAAUAAUUGUGGAAUGGGACUUGUUGGAGGCUUUGAAUGCUGUGGAAGGUGAAGUUAUCCAACAACACCAUGAAUAUUCCCUGAUAGAGGAGAUCAAAUGCAUGUUGGGACGCGAUUGGGAAGUGAACAUAUGCCAUAUUAAUCGAGAAGGCAAUUCGGUUGCAGAUUAUCUUGCAAAGGAAGCUCUCCGAGGAUGGCCUGGCUUGUUUGGAAUUCUGAACUCAUCCUUUGAGUUGACAAGGUAUUUUUUAGUUGAUUUGAAUAAUUUGCCCAGCAGUUAA